UUGGUGAGGUGAGGAUUGAGAGAGAAGAGAGCUUCUGGUCUGGGAUCAUCAUUCAUCGUAUUUGUUAGAGAGAGAAACUAGAGAGAGAAAGAGAAGCCAGAAGAAGAAGAAGAAGAAGAAGACGACGAAGAAGAAGAUAGGAUGACUUCAUCGACGGGAAGGUACAUGGCGUACUCGCCGUCUCCCUCGGCGCCUCUCUCUCCUUCCCCUCACCCUCACGCUCACCCUCACCCUCACCUCUCCGUCUCCGGCCUCCGCUCCGCCGCCUCCUCCUCCGCCGCCUUCGUUGUCGAGCAAGAGAAAUAUUUAUCGGAGUUACUCGCUGAGCGUCACAAGCUUAGUCCAUUCAUGCCCGUGCUUCCAAAUUGCUACAAGUUGUUAAGCCAGGAAAUAUUGCGUGUAACCACACUGUUGGGGAAAGCAUCAGUUUUAGGUCAAAGUGGGCUUGAACAUGCGAGCCCCCUGGCUUCUGGAGGAAUAUUUUCAAACGGAGGUGCUGAUGUGAACGGAUGGGCAUCACGGUUCCAAUCAGAAAUGUCGAGUUUAUUACAGCCCUCCUCAACCAAAAAUUGGCUGAGUCCUCAAGGCAGCUCAUCGGGACUAAUCGCUAAAAGAACAAUGAGAGUGGACAUCCCGGUUGAUAAAUACCCUAACUAUAACUUUGUUGGGCGUCUUCUAGGUCCAAGAGGAAACUCUCUUAAGCGAGUGGAAGCAACGACUGAGUGCCGUGUUUUGAUCAGAGGUCGUGGUAGCAUAAAGGAUCCAACUAGGGAAGAAAUGAUGAGAGGAAAACAAGGGUAUGAGCAUUUGAAUGAACCUCUCCAUAUUCUAGUCGAGGCGGAGCUACCAGUUGAAAUAGUUGAUACUCGUCUAAUGCAAGCACGCGAGAUACUUGAAGAUUUACUCAAGCCAAUUGACGAAUCCCAGGAUUUCUACAAAAAGCAGCAGCUGCGGGAGUUGGCAAUGCUGAACGGAACCCUUCGCGAGGAGGGUUCUCCGAUGUCUGGCUCCGUUUCUCCCUUCCACAACAGUCUUGGCAUGAAGAGGGCCAAGACCAGGGGGUAAUGGAUCUCAUUCUCGGAGGGCUCUUGGAGCUUGUGUGUGAAAUUUCAGCGAGUAAGAACGCAGUGGUUCCCAUUCCACAGGUAUUGCUGUGUCGGACAAACGCCUCCAACUGCCGUCGGGGCACUGGCACUACCACUGUGUGCGCCGGUUCUAAGUUCUAACUUGUUUGCAUAUGAAGUGUGUUUAUUCUAGUCGGGGGAGGUUUAUUGACCGUAUGAAAUUAGUAAAACAAACGCUUGAGUUUGGAGGAUUUGCUUUUUUUUUUUUUUUUUUUUUUUUUUU